AAGAUUUCACGCUAAGCGGAUCUUUUGCUCCACCGCCUAGAUUUUUAUCUCGCGGAGCUUCAUAUUGAUAACUGCGCCUAUUCAUUCCUGCGAUCAAGCCAAAAUGCGUCCGCUUACAGAGGAAGAGACAAAAACACUGUUUUCGAAGCUUGCCAACUACACUGGCCGCUCCUUGAACAACCUCAUUGCGCCUUCAGCUGGGUCCGACGAAGCUGAAGCAAAUGACCGCUACGUUUUCCGUCUGCACGGCUCCAGAGUGUACUAUGUUCGCCUACAGAUAGCAAACCUCGCGACCUCGAUCCCCCGUGCGAACCUCCUGACGCUCGGAACCUGCAUCGGCAAAUUCACCAAGACCGGCAAGUUCAGAAUCCACAUCACCGCUCUGGAUGUGAUCGCGCCGCAUGCGAGAUACAAGGUCUGGAUCAAGCCCAACGGAGAGAUGCCGUUCCUUUAUGGAGGCAACAUUGUCAAGGCACAUGUUGGCCGAUGGAGCGAGGACUGUCCGGAGCACCAGGGUGUGGUUGUGAUGUCUAUGGAUGAUACCCCUCUCGGCUUUGGAGUAACUGCUCGAUCGACCGCCGAAGCACGCAGACUUGAACCCACUGCGAUCACAGUUUUCAGACAAGCAGAUGCCGGAGAGUACCUGAGAGAGGAGGACAACCUCUUCGCCACAUAGCGACUCCCGGUCUAUUCUUAAACAAUCCAAAAUACGGCGUUCGCAUAUUUGGCAGUGUGGAGUUCUGGGAGUGUCUUUUAUCUGGCUAGACCUCGGCUUCAGCUCGAGAAAAAGUUUUGACGAUUUGUCCCAUAUUUGGUCCUGAUGCACAUAUGCAUCUUGUCUGAUAUCCAAUGUCAGAGUUACAUACCCAUAAUAGACAGAUUUUCGCAGGAAUUGUCUCAAGAGGAUUUGACCAGUAGCGCUGAUCUGUAGCUACACAAUUGUAAAAAUUCCGCUAGUAUCGAUCUCUCAAACAUAAGCUGUAUGGUACCCAAAAACAG